GGUUUGUCCCGCGGAGAGAGAGGAGGAGGAGGAGGAAGUAAGCGAGGGGAGCGCCGAGGCCGGAGGGGCAGGGGUGCUCCGUGCCUCCGCUGCUGCCCCUCUCCCCCGCGGUCCCCCUGGAAUCUACCGGGCCCACCACGGAGGGCUGGCUGCAAACUCUGCCGGCGUCCCGAGCCCGAGGCUGGGAGUGCCUGCAGCCCCAUCCUCCCCGGCGGCGCGGGGAGAGCCGGCAGGACUUCACGGACCCCUCUCUGCUAAGGAGCUGCUUUUAACUAUCAAAGAUGAGGAUUCGUCUGGCGAGAAGAUGGACGUGGAUCCGCAAAAGCUGCAUGUUCCUCGGCUUCUUAAUGAUUGCUUGCUUUGUGGUCGAGUUGUCGGUCUCUUCCUUCGGUACCUCCCUCACCGGCAAGAGCAUCACUAAGGGGAAAUGGGAGAGGCGCUUUUCUGACGGGGCAGAAAAAGGUGUCGAUGUGGCUCGUCCAGUUUAUGACAAACCCCCACCUGAUCCUUAUGCUCCAGGAGAAUGGGGUAAACCCUCUCGCCCCCAGCUGAGUCCUGAGGAACAGAAACAGGAAGAAGAGCUGAUUGAGAAGUAUGCAAUAAAUAUUUAUUUAAGUGAUAAAAUUUCUCUCCACCGGCACAUUGAAGAUAAUAGACUGAGUGGUUGUAAAGCUAAAUCUUACAACUACAGAAGACUGCCCACAACAUCUGUUAUAAUUGCUUUCUACAAUGAAGCCUGGUCAACGCUGCUGCGGACGAUACAUAGUGUUCUUGAAACAUCACCUUCGGUGCUUCUGAAAGAAAUUAUACUGGUGGAUGACCUGAGUGAUAAAGUGUAUUUGAAGGCUGAACUCGAAAAAUAUAUAAGCAGUCUGAAAAGAGUUCGCUUGAUAAGAACCAACAAACGAGAAGGUUUGGUUCGUGCACGCUUGAUUGGUGCUACCUUUGCUACCGGUGAUGUUCUCACAUUCCUAGAUUGUCACUGUGAAUGUGUUUCCGGCUGGCUGGAACCACUGCUCGAGAGGAUUGCUGAGAAUGAGACUGUUAUUGUUUGUCCUGUCAUUGAUACCAUUGACUGGAAAACAUUUGAAUACUACAUGCAAACAGCAGAGCCCAUGAUUGGGGGGUUUGACUGGCGGCUGACGUUCCAGUGGCACUCAGUGCCUAAACAUGAACGUCUCAGGCGCAAGUCAGAAACCGACCCAAUCAGAUCCCCAACUAUGGCUGGUGGCUUGUUUGCUGUCAGCAAAAAGUAUUUUGAGUACCUGGGAACCUAUGAUACAGGAAUGGAUGUUUGGGGAGGGGAGAACUUAGAAUUAUCCUUUAGGGUUUGGCAGUGUGGAGGCAUGUUGGAAAUUCAUCCGUGCUCCCACGUGGGCCAUGUGUUUCCAAAGCGUGCGCCCUAUGCUAGACCAAAUUUCCUUCAGAACACGGCACGUGCUGCUGAGGUGUGGAUGGAUGAGUUCAAAGAUCACUUUUACAACAGAAAUCCUUCAGCAAGGAAAGAAAACUACGGAGACAUUUCUGAAAGAAAGAUUCUUAGGGAGCGUUUGAAAUGCAAGAGUUUUCACUGGUAUUUAAAAAAUGUAUUUGCUGAGUUGCAUGUACCAGAAGAUCGUCCUGGCUGGCAUGGUGCUAUCCGCAGCACAGGAAUACCUUCAGAGUGCCUUGACUAUGUCUUACAGGAACAUAAUCCUACCGGGUCUCACCUUUCUCUCUUUGGCUGUCAUGGUCAGGGAGGCAACCAAUUUUUUGAAUAUACAUCAAAUCAGGAGAUUAGAUUUAACUCUGUAACUGAGCUAUGUGCUGAAGUCCCUGAGCGUGAAGACUUCAUAGGUAUGAGGAGCUGCCCAAAAGAUGGAUCUCCUAUCCCAGAAAUUAUUAUCUGGCACUUCAAAGAAGAUGGGACUAUUUAUCAUCCUCAUUCGAGGAAGUGCCUUACUGCUUAUCGUACAACUGAGGGGCACGCUGAUGUGCAAAUGAGAACUUGUAAUGCUGGAGAUAAAAAUCAGAUUUGGAAAUUUGAGAAAUAAUCACCGCUGGUAGUAUGAAUUGGAUGGACUGUGAUCUCGAAGCUUUUUACACGUGUGAGCAGAUAGCAACGUUUGAUUGAAUACCUUGAAAUGUUUUCACAUCUCUCUCUGUAGUGAUGUAGAAAUUGUCUACUAUGAUGGAAAACAAAAGUAAAUAGUGGGGUUCAGUUUCUAAAACAUGGUUUAGAACAUCUAAUGCCUUUUAUUUUUGUAAAAUUUUGAUCCAUUAUUACUUUCCUCCGUCUUGAUUAUAAAACCAAGGCUUCUGAGU